AUGGGAAACUUCUACCAAGUGAAUUUGUUGUCCGAUAGGCAAGGUCGGACCGUGAGACUCGUCACUGACUCCGAUGGAAAGCGCGUGGUGAUAAAGUCGUACAAUCUGACUACUAGCACGCACCUUUCGCACUUCAUAGAGAUGUGUAGCAAAACUGGCGACUUGAAACCUGAGAACAUAUUCUUAACGUCCACACUGGAGGCUGUGCUAGGUGACUUUGAUGUCGUGCGGGACGCUAAUGGCUCCAUAUCCGAUGCAUCGGGAGUGACGUGCCACUACAGGUCCCCCGAGAUAAGCGAUGGGUUGGUGAGUAGAAUCGCCAAGAGUGCAGAUGUAUAUUCACUGGGUCUACUUCUACGCGAGCUGUUCAAUGGGGUGAGUCUGAGUGGCAUCUACAAAACAGUGAGUGAUGAGGACAUCGCCUCACUUUGUGCCAGAAUGGUCGCAGAACAUCCCAUUGUCCGCCCAACUCUGCCCGAGGUGGCAUCGAUGCCUGUAUUCAGCGAAGUAAAAAGCGCGCGGCUCCGAUUUGCUGUGAGGCAUAUGUAG